AUGAUAACACGUGCCAGGGAUUAUUGGAACAACGUGAUGAGCUUGGAGGCAAAGAAGGAUUUUCUGAGUGUCAAGAUUGAAAAAUUCUGCCAUAAGAAUAAAUCGAUGGGGGUGAAGGCAAAAGUGGUGUUGGCAGAGGCUGUGGAGUACGCGAAGGAGACGAAGAGUUGGAAGUUUUCAACGUGUUGUUGUUGUGGCCAGAGGUUUUCAGAUGAAGAAUUGAAUUUAGAGCAUAUAAAAAGUGCCCAUUUAGGGACUUUGUCAGAGGAGUUACAGUCUGUUGUGCCGAAAACUGUACCAAUUUCGGAAAUUGAAAUCGGUGAUUGGAGUCCAGUGAACGUGGUUGCCGCUGCAAAAUUGAUUGAAGAUUUGUCAAGAAAUGACUCUGGAAAUAAAGGCCAAGAUGAAGGCAAGUCACAAGAUUUGAAGUUGGAGAACUUACCUCAUUGCAAUGAUACCAACCGCGGCAUGUUAAUCAAGAGCAUUUGGGUUCUUUUGCAAUUGUUUAUAGAGAUUGAGUGUUUUGCUCCGAGUCAUUUCUAUAUGCUGCUGGACUUGAUAUUGGAAAUGCUGAAGAACCAAAUCCCAGAAAUGCUGCUUAAUCAGCGUUGGAUGAAGACAACGCUGGUCUCAGUUUGGUUUCUUGAUGAACCGGAGCUUGAAAGUGUCCAAGAAUUCUUGAUAGAAGAACUCGGGAUUUCUUGUGGAUUACAAGGUCUCUACACCAGUUGCCAUAGGGACAAAGCUAGACGUGGUCUUACUAUUCCUCAUGAGAGUAUCGUCUUCAGAGACGAUGACUUGUCUCAUCUAAUUCCGCUGCUUGAUGAAACUAAUGAACUAGCUUCUAGAAGUGUUGAUGAUAUCAAGAGUGUUGGACAGGAAUAUAGAGAUAAUAUUGUUCAGUGGUUAUUCACUGGUGGUGAACCUAUUGGGGAGAAAUUGAAGGAGUGGGAAAAAUAUAGAGAAGCUAGCAAAAGUCUAGGAAUGGAACUUUUCAAGAUCAUUGAGUCUGAAUUUCACCGGCUGCAGAAUAUGUGUGAGACGAAAUGCAAGUAUUUGAGACACGAGAAGCUAUGGCUGGAUAUGGAGGGAAUAUGUAUGGAAGAAGAUAAGAGAAGAAAAGAGAUUUCUGGCAAUCAACAGAGUUUCAGGUCACUCUUGUUAAAGCGGCAAAAAGAUAUUGAGAAGGAGAAAAGUAUUGAUGAGAUGGGUAGCCUGGAGUUGGAUAUCAUAGAGAGUAUUUUGAAAAAAGCACAAGCUGACAAUGACAUAAAAAUGUUAUUCCAGAUGCACAUUGAUCAGAUGGGUGGGAAGGUAUGGUACCAAAUUUUAGAUGUUUCCAAACUCAGAUGA